AUGGAGAGCCGUAGUAGCGCAGGUGCCGUCGGUGCAUUCGCAGUCUGGGGCAGCUCCCCGUGAGAGAGCGCGCGCGGAGACACUGGAUUUCUUCUCGUCUCAUUUUAUUUUUUUUUAUUUUGGCGGAGGCGUCAUUCGGCGGCUGGAUGGCGUGGGACCGGUGUAACCAAGACUUGGUUUGGAGAGAAAUAGAGUGCGCUGCCCUGGUUGGUGAAGACCAGCCCCUCUGCCCCGACCUGCCUGAACUGGACCUAUCAGAGCUGGACGUUAGUGACCUGGAUGAUAGCUUCCUGGGCGGGCUGAAGUGGUACAGUGACCAAUCAGAUGUCAUCUCCAGUCAGUACGGCAAUGAGCCCUCCAACCUGUUUGAGAAGAUAGAUGAGGAGCAGGAAGCCAACCUGCUGGCGGUGCUGACGGAGACGCUGGACAGUAUUCCGGUGGACGAGGACGGCCUUCCCUCCUUCGAGUCGCUAGCUGACGGCGAGGUGCCCCCCCGCAUCGCUGACCACAGCUGCCCCCAAGCCCUUCCUCACCUCCCUGGAGCAAGGAACCCUCACAGACCCUACCAGCUGAAGAAGCUCCUGCUGGCUCCUGCCAACUCCCAGACCAACUACAGCCAGUAUCCACCAGGCAAAGCCCCCAACCAUGCACCCAACCAGAGGCCCCGACACACACACACACCUGUGGAGCCAUGGCUGGGGAAGCGAGGGUGUGUGUCCAUGAGACGGCCAUGCACCGAACUGCUCAAGUACCUGACGUCCGUGGAGGAGGCCACGCCCCCGGCAACCGUCGCCACUUCCUGCUCCUCCUCCCCUUCCUCCCUGUCCAGCGGCUCCUCGGCCUCCUCCACGAAGAAGUCCUCCUUCAGGUCCUCUUCCUCCUCAUGCUCCUCUGCCUCCUCUCCACUUGGCCACGCCCACUUGCUGCCUCAGAGAGCCAAUCCAAGCUCCUUGCCACUUCCCUUGACCCCCGAGUCUCCAACGGACAAGGGAUCUCCGCUUGAGGACAAAGCCAUUGAACGCACACUGAGUGUGGACAUUUCUGGAACCCCAGGACUGACCCCACCCACCACGCCUCCUCAUAAGCCCCGGAGAGAAGAGCAUCCUUUCCCAGACUCCAGCCUGCCUCUGUCUUCGCGGGGGAGUGUCUGUGUGUGUGUGUGUGUGUGUGUGUGUGGGCGGAGCGAGGAGGAGUGUGUGUGUGCGCGUGUGUGUGUGUGUGCUCCGGGGCCCCUCCCCCCACGCAGGCCGCCCCAACAGACGGAGCUCUACGCCCACCUACGCCAGGAUGGUCGCCGUGGCAACAAGCGUCCCGCGUCCCGCGGCUAUGGCGACCAUGACUACUGCCAGCAGCACAGCGCCACCGCUGUUGCCACGGCGACCACAUACGCCACCGCUGCCACGGCAAGGCUGCAGCUCUCCCUCCAGACCCCGCCCCCCCUCUGCCCUCAGGCCACGCCCACAACCCAGCCCACUCCAACAGGACCGCCCGUCUCAGAGACCAGGACAUCCGCGCCGAACUGGACAGGCACUUCGGCCGGCGACCCCAGCAAAGCGAGCAGGACGCAGCGUGUCCUCUAGACCAGCAGGGGGAGAUAGGGCCAAAGAAGGAAGGGGAGGGUCUGAAACAGGAAGAGGAGGGACUGAAGAAGGGAGGGGAGGAGCUGAAACCGGAAGAGGAGGAGCUGAAGAAGGAUA